AUGGAUAAGUCUUGGAUUUACAAACCACGGUUAUCUGAAGCAUAUAUUGAUGGAGUCGAUGUUUUCUUAGAGUUUGCUUUUGGUAACAUUCAAGUGGAGAAGUUAAAAUGUCCGUGUAACCGGUGUUCGCUCUACACACCUAGGACCAGAAUAGAGAUUAGGGAUCAUCUUAUCUGUUAUGGAUUUAUGCAAUCAUACACUAACUGGGUCCUACAUGGUGAGAAAAUUGAGCUACCUGAAAUUAAUAAUCAACUCGGUGGUGAGAUACACACCGAUCCAAUUUCAAGAGACGAGUCUAUGACACAUCUCUUGAAUGACUUGUUCCCUAACAUCACUAACCAUUCUACCAACGGAGAAGUGCCACCAGUAGACGUUGAUGAGCCUGUAAACAACAACACCGAUGAGCCUUCUACAGCUAAUCAUGGAGUAAAGUUUGAUGAAAAGCUAGGUGAGUAUUGUGAAGAACUUUACCCUGGGUGUACAAAGUUCACAAGGCUCUCAUUUAUCUUAAAGCUCUACCAUAUUAAGUGUCUUUGUGGGAUCAGCGAUAAGGGGAUAUCAAUGGUGGUUGAGUUGAUAAAAGAAGCUUUUCCAGUUGCGAAAUUACCAGACACCUUCAGAGACAUGAAGAAGGUCAUUCGUAACCUAGGUUUAUCAUAUCAGUCCAUAGACGUUUGUCCAAACCAUUGUAUGCUUUACUGGGAAGAGAAUGCUAGUAGGGAGAAGUGUGAUGUGUGUCAGUUGUCAAGAUGGAAAGAAAGUACAACAAGAAAAAAGGCUGGAGGUGAUGUACCAGAUACUUCAGGAGUACCAGCUGGAGGUGAUGUACCAGAGUCAUCUGCGUCAGUUAGUCAGAAAAAGGAGAAGAAAAAGAGAAAGAUACCAGCAAUGAUCUUAAGAUAUUUUCCUUUGAAGCCACGUUUGCAACGACUUUUUAUGUCCUCCAAGACCGCUUCUGACAUGACUUGGCAUUCAACGGCUGCUAAUACUGAUGGUAAAAUUAGGCAUCCUAAGGAUGGAAAGGCUUGGAAGUCAUUUGAUUCACGCUUUCCUGAUUUCGCAGCAGAUCCUAGAAAUGUCAGACUAGGAUUAGCAUCAGAUGGUUUCAAUCCUUUCGGUUCUAUGAGUUUAAGUUACAGUAUAUGGCCAGUAGUCUUGUUCGCUUACAAUCUUCCUCCUUGGAUAUCAAUGAACCGGACCUCUAUGAUUAUGUCCAUGCUAAUUCGUGGAAAAAAAGGUCCUGGGAAUGAUAUAGAUGUCUUUUUACAACCUCUCAUCAAGGAGUUGAAAGAGUUCUGGUCUGAUGGAGUCAGCACUUUAGACGCUUCAACGAAAGAAACAUUUAAUAUGCGUGCUGCUGUGAUGUGGACUGUGAAUGAUUUCCCGGCGUUUGGAGCAUUGUCUGGCUGGAAUACGUACACCACUUUGGCAUGCCCCUCCUGUAACUACGACUCAGUAGAACAUAGGUUACGAUUUGGUGGGAAAAAUUGUUUCAUGGGCCAUCGGAGAUAUUUGCCAUUAAGUCAUAGAUUCCGCCAAAGUAAAGAAGCAUUCGACGGAACAGUGGAAACUAGAACUCCACCACCUACACCAUCGGGCUCUACCAUUAAAAGACAACAAGAAAAUGUUAAUGUUAUAUUCGGGAAGAAAGUAGAUGCAGCUGGAAAAAAAAGAAGCAGAGCUGAGAUGGAAAACUCAAAUGAUCAACAAUGGAAGAAGAAAAGCAUCUUUUUUGAGUUGCCUUAUUGGGAGUUUCAUCACCUGCGUCACAAUUUGGACGUAAUGCACAUUGAGAAGAAUGUGUUUGACAAUAUUAUCUACACAUUACUAGAUGAUAAGGACAGGUCAAAAGACAAUUUGAAGGCUAGAAAAGAUCUCCGUGAAAUGGGUAUACAAGCAGAGCAAUGGCCUGAUGCUGAAGGCAAGUAUGCAGCUGGAAGGUUCACUUUAGACAACAAGGGAAAAACAUUGUUCUUAAGUGUUUUUAAAAAUGUAAAGCUCCCAGAUGGUUAUGCGUCUAAUGUAUCAAGGUGUAUCAAUGUGCAGACUCGAAAGAUAUCAGGACUUAAAAGUCAUGACAGUCAUGUCAUAAUGAGAGAUUUGUUGCCAAUAGCUGUUCGUAAUUUGUUGCCAGAGGAUGUAGUAUCUGCAAUCAUUAACCUUUGUAGAUUUUUCAGAGAUAUAUCCUCAAGAGUUCUUGAUGACAGUGAGCUAGAUAAGUUGCAAGAGUCGAUUGCACUGACUUUGUGCCAGUUGGAGAUGAUUUUUCCUCCUUCCUUUUUCACGGUUAUGGUGCAUCUAACUGUCCAUCUCGUUGAAGAAGCAAGAGAAGGUGGGCCUGUCGUUUAUCGUUGGAUGUAUCCUAUAGAAAGAAUAUUAGGAUAUUUCAAGUCAUAUGUGAGGAACCGAGCCAAACCAGAAGGGUCGAUAUGUGAGCAGUAUUUGGCCGACGAGUGUGUGACAUUCUGUUCUAUGUAUCUUGAAGACAUAGAGACCAGAUUUAAUAGAGUUGGACGAGUAGAUGAUCGUCCUGCAGUGGAUGAGAACCAGAGACCAGCCUCAGAACUACAAAGGAGUUUCCCACUAAUAGGUAGAUUUGUUGGUGCUGCUGAUACUAUUAGUUAUGCUAGUAGUCGUGACCAGAACCCAAUAUCAGGCGAGUUGGCUUACUAUGGCAAGUUAGUAGAAGUUCUUGAGAUUAACUACUAUGAUAGGUUUAAAGCUGUUCUUUUCAAGUGUCAAUGGGCUGAUACUAGGAAUAACAGAGGGUUCAAACAAGAUAGAUAUGGUCACAGCAUGGUGAAUUUUUCUCGUCUGUUACACACUGGUCUUGAUGAAGAAGAUGAACCUUACAUCUUGGCUUCUCAAGCGGAAAUGGUUUACUAUGUAGAAGAUCAAUGCGAGAAUGGAUGGCAUGUUGCUGUAAAAGUCAAACCUAGAGACUUAUAUGAAAUGGGUGAACAAAAUGUAUAG